CGUGCACGCCUACUUCCUUCCUCUGAGCACCUUCCGUCGCGUAUUAUUGACCAUUGGCAUGUUGCUCUCCCAAAAGCUCUUUGUUGCUGGCAGUCUCAUCAGACAACAUUGCACCAGGACACAGUUGCCUGUCCUCACACUAUUCACAAAGGACCCAUGCCCUCUGUGUGAUGAAGCAAAAGCAGAACUUGAAUCAUAUAAACACAGGUUUGAGCUGCAGGAGGUUGAUAUCACCCUUCCAGAGAAUAGAGUCUGGUUUGAGAGAUACAGAUAUGACAUUCCUGUCUUUCAUUUAAAUGGACAGUUUUUGAUGAUGCACCAUGUGAACUCAACUCUCCUUGAAAAACGUCUGAGUAAAGCAAUUGAACAAUAAUACUCAAAAGAUGUUACGUAGCGUAUAGUCUUCAUUUCAUUAAGGAUCUAUUUAACAAAGUUUUAUGUAAUGUCUACAUAUAAAUGAUGAAUAAUAAGAAAAACAAUGACAUUCAAAUUUAUUACAGCAUAUCAUAGAACAUGCAACAAUCAAUUUUGUUCAAAUGUGUUUUUAUAUUGAUUUUGAUAAUGCUUACACAGCACAGCCAAGGAGAGAAAAAAUGUAAAGAAAACUAACCUAUAUUAAAAUUAGGGCUGCACAAUAUAUCGUUUCAGCAUCGAUAUUGCAAUGUGUGCAUCCACAAUAGUCACAUGGCAGGAUAUGCAAUGUUGGGAUUAUAGUUUAAUCAAAAUGUAGUAAAAGUUGUUCAUCUGCACUUUUUUUUUUGAAGAGAUAGUUCACCCAAAAAUUACUUACUAUUUUCAUUACACCCUUUACUUGUUUCAAACAUUUAUGAAAUUUAUAUAUAUAUAUAUAUAGUGAGAGAGAGAGAGAGAGAACUCCUAUAGUAUAUUGAAAUAAGUGAAGUGUGAGUAAAUAGUGAGUACAUUUUAAUCGGAGUAAACUGUUCCUUUAAGGCCUGUGACUGUGUGAACAUUUCAAUAUUACAUCCGGCCACAAUAAAUUUUUUGUAACUUUAAUAAAGAUUAAAUAAUAUACAAUAAACACUAUGCAGUGCUGAUUAUUAAAUAUCUGUACCUGAAUAGUGAAUACCUAAAAAACUAGAAUUCACUUUUAUCUUUACUAUAUUUUAUUUAUCUAUGCUUGUAAUUUAUUUGUUAGAUAUUAUUAGAGAUUCACUCCUCAACAAAAGCUCCCCAAUCAAUCCAAAUAAACUGGUUAAAUCAUCUGGUUAAAUUGUAUUAACAUCGCAAUAUAUAUCACAGAAAUACAAAAUAUCGUAAUGUCAGUUAAGUUUAACUGUCUACCAUGAAAUUCAUUUAUGGUUUUAUGGGUACAGGUACAUAAAGGGUUAGUUCACUCAAAAACAGAAAUUCUGUUUUUAAUUACAUACUGAUAUUAUUCCAAUCCCCAAACUUUCGUUCAUCUUCAGAAAGCAAAUUAGGAUGUUUUAGAUAAAAUUUGAGUGUCCUCAUCCAGAAAUGGAAGCAAAAACAUUGUCGAAACAUUGCAUGUGUCUUUAGUGGUUCAACUGCAAUCAUACAAAGCUCCAAGAAAACUUUUGUGAAGCACUUUGCUUGUCAGUGUCUUCUCUACCUAAUCUGGUUGACAGGGUGCAAGUCUACUAUGGCAGUAUGACGUAUUGCCAGUCAGCAGUGCAACACCCAAGUAUUGUAUUGCCGGAGAAAAUGUGCACCAUGAUGUGAUGUAUUUUUUUUAUAAUUUUUUUUUUAGGGGUUUUCACCUUUAAUGUUAUAGGACAGUGAAGGAGAGACAGGAAAGCAUUGGGAGAGGAGAAGGAUUGGCAUAGGACCUCGAGCUGGGAAUCGAACUCGGGGUCGCCGUGAACACCUGGGUGCUAUAUGUAGGCGCACUUAACCACUAGGCUAUUGGAGCCGACUGUGAUGUAUUUUUGAUGUAUACAAUGUAUUUUGACUAGCAGUCCUUUUUUCAUUUUUUUUUUUUUGUUUUAACAUACCUGUCAGGAAGUUUUUAAUACGCUAGUUAAGAGCUUGACAAACUGGUUCAGGAGUGUUUGAUUGGGGGUUGGAGCUAAACUUUGCAGGACACUGGCCCUUCAGGACAAAGUUUGGGCACCCCGGCUUUAAAUGAAGGGCUUAGCAAUGCAGUUAUUUACUUAGUUCAUUUACAACAAAAUACAUAACCAUUGAAUAUGAACUUAAUAUUCUAAUGAAUUUGGCAUUAUAAAACCCUAUUAUUUUUACUCUUGCAAUGUAUUUUUGUUUAUUGCCAAAAAUAUUCUAGUGCUAAAUGGACUGUUUAUGUGGUCCAGGGUCAGAUAUGGAGGAGGGAGAGCCCUGAUUUAAUCUAACAUAUCUUAAUUUGUAUUGCAAAAAGUCUCUGAAUUGAACAACAUGAUUACAUCGUUGAAUGCAAUUAAUAACAAACUUUUCAUAUUGGGGUUCUUUAGGGCAAAUAUAAUGCUAUUUCUUGUUUCUAUUCAUUUAUACAUUUGACAGUCAACUCAAGCAGCUAGUCAAUGAACUACUUUUAAAAUGAUGUUUUGCCAAUAUAAAUAUGUAAAUAAAAUGGUUAAGUCAAA